GUUCUGCUGUUCGUCGCGGAAGGCCCAGUUGGCGAGGAAUCAAGCCCUCCCAAUGCCUCGAGACCCUGACCUCCUCUCAACGACACCUCCGUUCCCGAGGUCUAGCUACGUACAGUGGCAAUUAGACACGAUGCCGUCGACUACACCCUACUCACCCCAUCAUGACAACUCACAGAUCUGGUGUCUGGCCACCGCAGAGGAACCACGUAUAAAGCUGUGCUGUUUGUGCUCACCGCCGCUAUCUGCACACUGCAUCUCAUGCACCUCGCCGACGUCGCUGUAUUCUAGACCACAACGCCAUUCUGUACAUCUACACAGUUGCUUUCCCACACUUUCAAUUUCCUCGCCUUCGAGCAAGUAUUCCAAACCUAUUAUACUCUAAGAAAGAUACUAUCAUCGUAUACUCUGUUUCAAAAGCCGCUUUGGCGAGGAUUUCGCAAACAUGUGCAUCGCUAUCAUAACCACGGAGCACCCCGACUACCCCUUCAUUCUCCUAAACAACCGCGAUGAAUACCUCCACCGCCCGACCGCCCCCUCCACCUUCUGGCCGCCGCCCCACGCCCACGUCCUCGGCGGCUACGACCUGCACCGCGCCGAGCACGGCACCUGGCUGGGCGUCACGCGUCAAGGCCGCAUCGCGUGCCUGACCAACUACCGCGAGGCCGACCCCGCCGCGCUGAUCCAGGGCGUGCGGUCGCGCGGCGCCAUCGUCAACCUGUUCCUCCGGCAAGAUCCACAGUCGCACGAGACCACCGCCGAGUUCGCCGCGCGGUUGGUCGCGGAGGAUGGAGUGCGUGGGGUCGGCGGCUUUAGUUUGCUAUUUGGGAAUGUGCGGGACGUGGUCAAGGGCGUGGUGGAGGGAGGAGGGGAGGGGGGGAAGAAGAAGGGCGGGUUGGCGAUUAUCUCGAAUCGGACGCCGGAUGUGGAGGGCUUGAUUUGGGUGGCGGGGGCCCCGCAUGAGACGACGGCGCUGAGUAAUUCAUUUUAUGGGGAUGCGUCGUGGCCGAAGGUUGUCAAGGGGGAGGAGGCGGUACGCGUUGCUGUCAAGGAGAGUGUGGAGAGAGGAGAUAGCAAGGAGGAGUUGUUGGAGCGGUUGUUUGGGCUGCUGAGCGUGGAUACGCUUCCGCGGCAAAGGAAUGGGGAGGAGUGGGAUGUUUACUUGAAUCAGCUGAGGCAUAGCAUCUUUGUGCCGCCGAUUGGGGGGGUCGAGUUGGAUGGGGUGCCGUCGGAUAGGAUUGCGGCGGCGGUGGAUCAUGAGGCUGUGGACGCGACGUCGGGGAUCUAUGGGACGCAAAAGCAGUCGCUGAUCUUGGUGGACAAAAAGGGAAUGUUGACAUUUGUGGAGAGAACGUUGUUCGAUGGGAUCGGGAAGCCGGUGGAGGGCGGGAAGGUGGAUCGGGUGUUUGAGUUCCAGGUUGAGGGAUGGUAAUAAAAAGUGCAAAUAGAUGAGAUAACUCAGUCACAUAGUGUAGACUACUUCUCUACUUAUAUUAACAAUAUUUACAGAAUUGACCGCUUAG